UUAACUGAUCUAUCAUCGCGAUAAGAUAUCUAAAUGUUUAGUUAAGUAAUCCUGAUUAGUAAAACAAUAUUUCAUCGCUAUCAUAACACAUCUAUGAAUGACUUUUGCCAUCACAACCCCAAUCAUUCAGAUGACUGAACAUUUAAUCAUGCAACCAGUGCGUAAGCGGGGUAUCGCAUAAGAAUCCUUUAUCGCAUCAUCUAGGCGUUUAAACGCACAGCUCAAGUAAAUAAGUCGCGCAUCAAGUAUUCUGCAAAUAAUGUAUGACUGGCCAGCGAGGGGUAACAAGAAAGGGAAAGAGAAAAGAGCAUCAUUCAUUAUUUUUAGGAUCGAACAAAUGAUACCAACGUCGUGUCACGUCCCAGUAAUCCGAUGGGACUGACGGAAAGAAAAAGGCCUUGACAACUGUUCCACGUGUACGUCACAACCAUUGUCUUUUUCCCCAGAAGACUUUUUUUAUUUAUAGACCACGUGUUCCCUCGAACUUGAGCUAAUUUCGAGCAGUAUAUUACAAACCAUAGAGAUGGAGUCCCCAAAGGCAAGCACGAGCACACAUCACCCUAUCCAAUGUCUACUGAGAACUGAAAGAGACCCUGAGUCAAAGAAUAUUCAUCAAGAGUACCUGGAGGAGAACCUUGUACUACGAGGCAAUAGCGACGAUAUAGCGUGGUCAGGUUCAUCGGGCUAGGCAGGCGCACAGCUGGCUCGAAUCCAAGUACCGCCUUGUCAGCAAGGCAAAGCUAGCAGCAGCAGCAGCAAGCAGAAGCAGCUGAGCAGCGCGGGCGGGUAGCUUUCGCGAAUCUCAGGUCGUCCUCUGGGUUGACUGGUAUUAUACUACAGCUCUGAGGAAGGUGACCGACUAGGGUAUCGGGAUUGAACAGUGUAAAGUAUAAAGGGUGCGCAAGAGUUUCCAAAUACGGGUGUAUGAAGAUCAGAGGGGGCACCUCAACGUUGGACUUCAUAGAGAGGGAAGUCCCGUACCCCGUGGAAGACGUCGCAGAACGGUAGCACAGCGCGGUAAUCGAUAGCCGAAUGAAUCGUAGCCCACAGCGCCAGUGAAACAAGUGGUGGAUCGUAGUUAGCAGUUCCUACCGAGGAAAAGUGUUCAGCAUUACGGCUUGUGUAGCUGGUGGUGGUCGGGCUGUGUUGUUCGGUCAACCCGUGAUAGGAAGUGGUGCGUGAGAUGUCCCGGUACCCGGAUAAAUAGACGAUCUUUAAAAGAUUAUGACGUGGCUAAGGAUCACACUGAUGACGGCGAAGGAGAGAAGCUGCGCCGCCGGAUGAAACAGGAGAGCGGCUGCUCACAGUGAGAUAACCCCUGCAGCCUCUGAAAAAUCCCGUCUCAUGCUGAGCGACAGAAGAUUCGAUGACGACGGGGGUGUCGAGCCUGAUCGCAAUGGAAACGGGUUCGGAGCGGCGAUGGGUUCAGGCUCGUACCUAUUGGCGACAAGCGACGGAUUCAACUUCGAUGCGACGCUCCCAGCGAGCGUCGUCGCAACGACGGCAACCGGUAUGCCGGUUAUGUCAGGUUGUACCGGUAACAAGGAAGUCAGAUACGCGCCAUUUUCUUCGGUCAGUACGUCACUUCCGCCUCCUCUACCACCGCCCCCGCCGCCGCCGCCACCGCCACCCUUACCUCUGCAGAUGCAACAGAGAACUUACUCCAGAUCCAUGACUUCCUUACCACCGGAGCCCUUUAUGAUAAUGCGAUCUAAGGCACUGAACAGGCGGGUUUCCAUUAACGUCGGUGGCGUUAAGCACGAGGUACUAUGGCGCACUCUGGAACGACUUCCUCACACGAGGCUGGGUCGUCUACGUGACUGCAAUACCCACGAGGCCAUCACUGAACUAUGCGACGACUACUCACUUAUCGACAACGAGUACUUCUUUGACCGACAUCCGAAGUCCUUUAGCUCAAUUUUGAAUUUCUAUAGGACCGGUAAGCUCCAUCUCGUUGACGAAAUGUGCGUGUUGGCGUUUAGCGACGAUCUCGAGUAUUGGGGAGUCGACGAGCUCUAUCUUGAGAGCUGCUGUCAGCACAAGUAUCAUCAGCGUAAGGAGCACGUGCACGAGGAAAUGCGCAAGGAGGCCGAGUCGCUAAGACAGCGCGAGGAGGAGGAAUUCGGCGAAGGAAAGUGUGCCCAGUAUCAAAAAUGGCUGUGGGAUCUUCUGGAGAAGCCUACGACUUCCAUCGCCGCCAGGGUGAUAGCUGUGAUAUCAAUACUCUUUAUUGUGCUCUCGACGAUAGCACUAACUCUCAACACCAUUCCUAGUAUGCAAGUGAAUGACGAGAAGGGGAACUUUCAAGAUAAUCCACAACUCGCGAUGGUCGAGGCCAUUUGCAUCACUUGGUUUACCCUCGAGUAUGUGCUUAGGUUCAGUGCUUCUCCCGACAAAUGGAAGUUCUUCAAAGGAGGUCUGAACGUAAUAGACUUGCUCGCAAUACUACCUUACUUCGUGUCCCUGUUCCUCGUCGAGACGAACAAAAAUGCAACGGAUCAAUUUCAAGAUGUGCGCCGUGUAGUUCAAAUUUUCCGUAUAAUGCGCAUUCUGAGAAUACUGAAGCUCGCGCGUCACUCGACUGGACUGCAAAGCUUGGGGUUUACGUUGCGUAAUUCGUACAAAGAGCUUGGGCUGCUGAUGCUCUUCCUGGCGAUGGGAGUACUCAUAUUUUCGAGUCUCGCAUAUUUUGCCGAAAAAGAAGAGCCUGGGACCAAAUUUAUAAGCAUUCCGGAGACGUUCUGGUGGGCAGGCAUCACCAUGACGACCGUAGGGUACGGUGAUAUCUACCCUACGACUCCUCUUGGCAAAGUGAUUGGCAGUGUGUGUUGUAUAUGUGGUGUCCUGGUAAUCGCGUUACCUAUUCCUAUUAUCGUCAAUAACUUUGCCGAGUUCUACAAAAAUCAGAUGAGACGCGAGAAGGCUCUUAAGCGUCGCGAAGCUUUAGAGAGAGCUAAGCGAGAGGGCAGCAUUGUUUCCUUUCAUCACAUCAAUCUGAGGGACGCAUUCGCCAAGAGCAUGGAUCUCAUUGAUGUCAUCGUCGACACCGGUCACAAUAUGUCCGGUGUCGAUGGCAAUAGUACAGAGGGUGAGUCUGCAUGUGAACGCGGACCUGCACAGACUGGAGCUGGAUGUUAUAGAAAUUACGAGCAUUACACUCUCUCGCGACAUCGUCGUAGUGCCUCGUGUUUACCGAUUUUACCGAAUGAUAUACCAACGACGCCAGACAGUCCGAACCGACGGUUACUCGAUUUUGCCCAACACAUGCCUACCAACACACAAAACGAGGAUUACUUCCACGACGAGAUGCCUGCGCAACAUUCGAUUCAAGGCAAUACAACACCCAGCGACGAAGAGAAAAAAGACAGCAGAAAAUUCGAGAAAAUUGAUGAAUUACCUAGUGAAUUCGAGUGUUGCUUUUGUACUACGAAGGAAUAUAAAGAGUACAGGGAUGCUGAAAAUAUUAUGCCUUUAGCAACCAGCGACUUUCGAAAUCCCGUCUGCCAGGAGAUGAGAUCUCUCCGUGGCAGUAUCCUGGAGGCAGGUUGCUUCGAGGAAGUUCAGACGUCGCCCGUUCAGGCAGUGGAGGCAGCGCCAUACGGCAAAAGUUACAACGAACGUGGCAGCGUCGACAGUUCUGAUACUUACGCGAGUUGUCAGACGCAUCCGUUUCAUUCGCAAGGCGACCUUACGGAAGAGGCCGACAGUAAUUUGUACGUAAAUCCUCUGGAAGGCACUGAGAAAUGCAGCAGCAACUCAGACGAGGACGGCAGAUUGCACGUGAAAAAGUCAACCUCGGGCGAGAUGCAGCAACAUAACGUAACCGACGACACAUCGCCGAGUCUCGAAUCUUUGAAGGAUAUCAAUGCACCUAAUGGCGGCAGUAGAGGCAGCCUCAACAAUGCUUUGCCUAAACACAGAAAAACACGGGUCCAACAAAGCGGAAAACCCCGAGCCCAGUUCGUGAGCGAGCACAACGGCUCCACGAGCGGCACCGGUGCUUCAACGAUGGUAAAGCAGGAUUCUGCAACGGAUAACAAUAAUGAAUACGGCAGCGGGCGACCGUCGAACUUUACGCCAGUGAACAGCCUCGCGUCGGCUACUCGUAUGAUAAACCAUCAUCUGUUCGGAACUCUUAGCACUUCCAGACAUUACACAGGCACUACUGUUGGCAGUAAGCUGUCAUUGUCAGCUGACUCGAUAGACAGCGAGGCGAUGCCUUUCAUCGAAAGACAGCGUGUCUCCAAGUCCAUCUUAAAGAAAUCCGAAAGCAGCAAUAAUUACUAUAGCAACGAUCGAGAUUCGGAUACGGAAAAGCUCAUAUCCGAUAAUACAUCAGCUACGAGUAUGUGCGACAACGAGACUACGACCUGCAACGCCAUUGGGAACAAUAAUGGCGGACGUACAAGACAGCCGGCCUCGCCUCUUUUAUCGAGGCAGGUGCUAGAGACUUUAUUUCGUACGAAUAAUAAUGCAGAUCGACAUUACGCGACGAGUGAACACGGCGAAGGAAAGAAUUGCGUUGCUAAAUUGUCCAAGUCGAUAUUCGACGAUGUACUCGAGGAAGAAAAGCACGCUCGGGACGAGGCUGUGACGGAAAAUAAAAAUAAGGAGUGCGAAGAUCUGGCUGGACGAAAAACGAGGAUGCGUACGAGCGACACGGGAAAAGAUGGCGACGCUAUGCUCAUAUGCUCUUUGCGCCCUUACAAGCUCGUGAAGAAGAACGUCGUGGUUGAGGAUAAGAAGAAGAUUACGGCUAGCAGUAAGUCGACGGUACACGGUAGCUCGACGUACAGGAGUACGGAUUCAAAUUGUCUUCCCCAGGACUAUCGAUUCUCUUCGUAGCGCAGGAUUUGUUGUUAUAUUGGCUAGUGCUUACGAGAUUUCGGAAGUGACGUUCCGACGGAUCUUUGUUAUAUUUAUUUUUAACCUACAUGAGUCGAUCUGGCGAGAGGUUGUAGAUAGGAAUUACUUCCGGAAGCUACUACGACUUUUAUCGGACGUAAUAACAUCAUCGCGGAACUUUACUGUAAAUUGAUUAUAAUACAAGGACAACAAAGGAGAAACAAACGCGGAUCAUUGGAGUGUCGUUAAAUCAAUUACAAGAAAUGCAUACGGCUUGUUCGUUAACCACCCUUCGUAUCUCGUAAAUCUAAAUAAGCUACGCGUGAGAUUUGAGCGAAUUUAAAAAAAAAAGUCAUUUCAAAAAGCUCGUACGGUCAUUAGAAAAGGCUCGACCGAGUCUCUUUGAUUCUUUUUAAAUAAUUGUUUUCCGGUCAUUCGUAUGAGCCUUGUUGGGCUUUUGAAGACCUAUUAAAAGUUGUGUAACCAAUUCAAAAAAUCAGCAUCGCUGACGUUUCUCUUGAAAGUGACAAGAAAAAUUAAAGAUCUCUAUAUAUUUCUGUGAAAUACGUUUCUACAAUGCCGACCGAGUAGUGCGAAGUCGUAAAAUGCACAUGCGCGUAAAAUCAUGUCCCCCGCGAACAUUAAAAGACGAAAGUAAAUCGGUAUUUUUUAUCUGUAGCUCCUCCACGUAAUUUGCUCGCUUACGCGUAAGGGACGAUAGAACUUACAAUUAGCGAUCGCCGAUUAACGCAUUAAGGGAUGAUCGUGCAGGGGAAGCUGUUAUAAUUAACGUUUCACAAUUAGUUGUAACAAAAGUUCCUGAUUAUAUACAAAAGUUACUACAUAGUCUCUUUAUACAUACGUGCAUCACUGUUUACUUUGUUUCUGUAUUUUUUUAUUUAUUUAUUAUCAGUCACUCUCAUCAUUUUCGCCUGCUUCAGAGAUAAUUUUUCAUAACGUACAAAAUUGAUCUAGCUGUCAAAGUACGAAUUACGCUUUUGUUUCCGCACAAUACAUAUUCUGCAUAUGAUUUUGUAUCGUUAGUAAACGACGCGUUUAAAAAAUAAUUAAACGUACCCAAGCCUGCGCAAUAAUAUUUCAAAAUCGUUCGUUCCUUCUACUUAUUUUCUAAGUUAAUUUCUAGUAAAUUCAUUCGAAAUUAUCAGUGAUCAUUUAACACAUUAAUUUUAUCCCGAAGGAGCAGUCAAUGUUGCACGCAUAAGGUAUCACUGUAGUCACUUGAUUGUAUUUACGAUGAAACGAAAUUGUUAUAAAUAUUUAUUAUUAGUGUCUGUGCAGGCGCGUAUUUAAAAAUAACGAAUCAAAUUACCCGCGUACAUCGAUAUCUUGGAUAACGCGAUGCUUUGUCUCGAGCAAUAAGAAGCACUGAAUAUGAAUAAUUAACCGGAGAACGUGUUGAAGAAUUAGCCAUGUAUGAUAAUGAUCUACCGCGAGUGUAUAUCAUCGUUAUCAUAGUAUCACAUUUUCGUUCCAAUUUCUUUUUUUCCACGCGAGAUAGAAUAUUUAAAUGGCUAUGAUUUAUACAACGGUGAGAGUAAAAAGCUUGAGUACCGUUAUUGAAGAAUGAAAUUCGGCUAGCCAAUACGAGUCCUUAGAGUUCAAUUAGAAAUUUUUUUUCUUGAGGUUGAGCGAUGUCGUGUAUAAUGUAUGCUUCGAUUGUUACUGUUAAAGCAUAUUGUGGAUACACCCAUAAGCAUUGAUUAUACAGAACAAAUACACUAAACAUAUAUAUAUACACAGAUAUUGUCAUUGUUCGAGAUCAGUCUCGUUUCGAGGGGCCUUCCUUUUAUGGAUUUCAAUAUAUAAGAGUUCCUUCGAAUCUAUUACUGAUUUCGGAUAAUGAUUGAUACACAGAAUACAUAAAGUCACAGGCUAGGCAGAGUAUCGAAUUUUAGAGAUAAUCAUUGGUCGUUUGUGUCACGUGUCUAGUAUGUAUAUGAAAUUCUUGAGAUCGUUGUAAAUAUUGUAGAAAGGACUGAUAAGAGUAAUAAGAGUUUAGGAAAUUGAAACAAAAGAAAAAUAAAGAACGAAGAACGAGAUGAAGGGAAGCAAGAAGGGUGAAUGAAGGUAAUUAAAAGAGUGAAUUAAAUAUUCCGAGGAGGAAAAGAAAGAGAGAGAUUUCGCGCCUCUGUAGACAGACAUAUCCAAUUGUUGCUUUUCAAUUGUUACAUCGAUUUUAAUUAUACGUAGGAAAUUUAUAGGAAAACGAAGAAAAUGGACAAAAAGAGUAAAACAAAAAGACGAAAAGUGUUAUUGUACUAUAAGGAGAAGAACGAGUGAUAAUGUUGUUGACGAGAGAAUAGGGCAAAGAUAAUAAAUAAGAAUGGGAGUGGUAUCGAUGCCGAAGCUCCGCGGGAUGAAGAGAAAAUAUUAUUAAAGCAAGAGGAAAAAAGAAACGAAAAAAAAUGUUCCCAAAAGUACAGGGACCCCAUUAAGAUGAAACACAGGCAAAGACAAAGAUUACUGUAUGGUAAUACAAAAAAAUUCAAGAUCAUAUCCACACGUAUGUUCGAGUUUCGUCGAGGGACGAGGGUAAUUCUUGAUCGAUAAAUUUACAUUGCUCAUUUAUUCCAUUGUUUAAAUUAUAAGCGAAUCGGUAAGACUUAUGGAGGUAUACAAAAUAUCUGACCCCCCCGCCCCCUACCCCACGAACACGUCCGCCCCUAACCUCUCACCGCCGAAUAAAAUUUGCCUCGAAUAAAAAAAAAUUGAUUAAUGAUAUAAUUAAUAAUAAAAAAGGACUACAAUUCUAAUAAACUGCCACGAUUAUGUACUACUACUACUACAUUAUUAUUCUAUAGAAGUUGAUGAAAAGAUCGCGCGGAGCUCUCGAUGAUAUAUUAAUGUAUCAGUGUAUAUUAAAAAGGAAAAAAAAGAUUAAGAUCUGACGAUCAAUCAUGAGCGAAUGAAAUAAAGAAAGAAAAUAUGUAUAUGCAAGACGAUUACGUAAUGUGUAUUAGCCUGAACUCUUGUAAGGAAGAGUGAUAAGGCUCGCGAUAAGGGAUAAUAUGUGGAAUUUCUGUCAGGGCAAUGGAAUUAAUAUUAGAUGAUACUAGGUGAAAGCAUAAUACCGGUGAAUAUACUGGGUGUAUAUAAGAGUAUGUACUCCCAUGUUCAUCCUGGCUUAUGUAUUCUGGCGGAUUCUCAAUAGUUUUAUUUAAAAGAAAAGAAAGUGAUCUUAAUGUGUUCCUGGUCAAUUGAUGAGUUAUUGGAUUACUUAUAAAUUAAUUCGUUGAAUAAUCUGAAGAAGGAGCAGCUGUUAUCAUUUUCAGUAUAGGUGAUUUCCAAACAAAUCUUCCAUUUGUGGGAGUAAUAAGGAUUUUAUUUUAUUUGUUCUUUGAUAGGGAUCUUGAGAUCUUUUAUAAAUUCUCACAGAAUACAUUAUUGUCGUUCGAUAAGGAGUUAUAUUUAUUUGAUAUGUAAUUGAGAUUCACUAAAGAAAAUGGUGAUUAUGCUGCUCCUUUUAUCUGUUAAUUAUUGAUUUUGGACCUUGAACAGACACCGAUUCUGUUGUUUAUUAAGUACAAAAUGGUUAACGUGUCACGCUUAGCUAUGAGACACACGGGGCUGUAGUCAGGGAAAGCUUUGUUAUUAAUUAAAUCAUAAUCAAACGUAGUUCGUUGCUUUAUAAAGACGUACGUACGCAACAUACGUUAGCUCAUUUCAAAUAAGAAAGAUAAAGUAUGUCACUAGGAGGUCUCAACGUGCCUAAAUUAUAUGUAAAUAUAAGCAAUUUUCUUUUUCUGCAAUAAUAAAAAAUGAGUUCAAACAUUA